GAAGAAGUAGAAAGAAAACAAAUGAUUGCCAGUGGUUUAUUGAAUAGAACGGGAGCCACAAUAAAAAAAAUUGUUGAAGAAUCUGAAAGACCAGAUAGACCAGAUAAAUAGUUUCUAAUGAAUAUAAACAGUUCUUGUAGCAAUGAAAACCAGUGUAAGGUGAUCUUAAGCAAAUACUUUUCGCGCAACUGUGGUAUGGACGAAAGUUUGUCAGACUUUCAAGAAAAGAAGAAAAGCUUUGAACCAAGGAAUGUCCAAAAAACAAUAAAGUUUAAAAAAAAGAAAGCAACUAAACUGAUUAAAGGCCAAACAAAAAUAAAAACAUUGUUGAAUAAAAAGAAAAAUGAAUUAGUGUCUUACUCAAAGGACUUUGAUAAUAUUUGUAAACAAUCUGGUGUGGAUGUUGAUCCUGAGCAGCUGCAACUUGCAGUGGCAUUAUCAAAAUCGCUUCAGCCAGUAGAAACUAUCACAUCAACAAGUACUCAGUUGAAUUCUCAGGGAAGAACUGCAAAAAUUCGAUCAACUUUACGGGAAUAUGGAUUUACAGUUCCAGAUAUAAAAAUCUCAAAUUCUAGUAAGAGAUUAAAAAAGUUAAGGAAAAAUUACAAACUUAUAUUAUGUACAGAUGUAGAGAAACAGCAAAUAAUUGCUGAUAAGUAUUCCCAAGUUUUAUUUGAAAAUAUUGACACUUUUAAGAAUUCAUUUAAUUAUUCAUGUAAUAAUUAUUCUGAUAUACAUUUAUAUUAUUUAACAACACAUGUUCCAUAUAAUGAAAUAAGAAAUAAUGAUGUAUUUUAUAUUCCUGAUUUAUCAAUAGAGACAUCAGUUUGCAUUGGUACUUCACUAAGAGAUUGGUCUGAAAUACCUGGCAGACCUGUAAGUCCUAAGUUUUGUGAAAAUAAAAAAAUCAAUAUGAGUAACAUUAUGUGUUCCCAAGAUGAAUUAGAUAUUAUUCUUAGUGGAUCAUUAAAAUGUGCUCAGAACAUUGUUAAUAGUAAAACUGAAAGAGAUACAAUCAUUGUAGAUGAUAUCAGUAAUAAUAGCACUUGCACUAGAAAAGUUAUUGAAAUUUUUGAUGAUAAUGCAAAUGUUGAAAACAUAAGUAAAAGAAAAGAUGCAAGCAGUGUUUCUGAUAUUGAAAAUGAUAGAAUGUUAAAAGUAUCAGCACCAGUAAGAAGCUAUUCUCCAGAUUUAUUUGAUGAUGAAACAUCAUCUUUUAUUAGUAAUGCCCAUGAAUUAACAAUACAAAAGUCUCAAGAAACUGCAUGUAAUAUAAUUAAAACAAAUGAGGAUAUUAUAGAAAUAAUUGAAUGUUGUAAUGAUAUACCUGGAACUACAAAGGACUUAAAUACAACAAUAUUGCCAAUUACCAAUCGUAAAUCAGGUUCACAAUUAUCACAAAAGAGUGAUAUAUCAACUAGAAAGUCUGAUCCUAUGGAACUAACUGAAUGUAUUGCCAUACAACAUAAUUUUAAUUAUCAUGAAAAUACAUUAAAUUUACAGUUAUCAAGUGGUAUAGAUAUUACUAAAAGAAAAUCUAAUGAUUUUAUGGAUCUGACAGAGUGUAUUACACAUAUUUCUCAAGGUAAUCCUAUUCGUGUAUGCAAUAAGAUAGAUUUAACUCAAAUUUCUAGUGAAAAUAAUAAUAAAGUUGUCACAGAAAAAAUAGAGAAUGAUGAUAAUGCAUCUAAUGAUAUUGAUUUAACACAGUCCUCUGAUUCUAGUGACAAUUUACCAUUUGUUCAUGUUAGUGACAAAUCAUUUGAUGAUACAAUUAUUUUAAAUAAUUCUGAAAUUAUUCCAUCAAUAUCAAACAAAAGGAGAACAUCAACAAAUGAUUCUAAAGAAGAUAGGCUUAAUUUGAGUAAUGAUAUACAAUUUGAAAAUAGAAAUAAUUUGCCAAAUGAGAGUUUCUUCAAUGAUUACAUGUAUAAUCAUUCAAAUGAUGAUGUUCAAUCUAGUUGCAUUGAUUUAAAUGUAGAUGAUAAAAUUGAUUUAUCACAAGAUACUGAUUCUGAAGAAUGUAAUGAUAAUAGUGUCCAGUCUGCAUCUGGAAAUAAAAUUAAUAUUGAAAAUAUUAAUGAAAUGUCUAUUGAUUAUGAUGAUGUUUGCUUUGAAAAUAAUAUGUCUGUUAACCAGAAAAACUUUUCCACGAAAGGUAGGAGUUUAAGUAAAUCUGAUAUUUGUGAAUCUGAUAAAUCACCUGAAAAACAUGAAUUACCAAGCAGUCAAGAUUCUGAAGUUUUUGAAAUUUCUGAUAGAGAAUUGGACUAUUCCCUUCACAAAUCUAGAUAUGAUGAAUUAAUACAUGUAGAUUUUCAAAGCUCAAAUAUGAAUGAUAACGAAUCAAAUAGAUUAAAAAUAUUUAAUAAAUCUAGCAAUAAUGAAACUCGAUCAAAUAUUCUAAAUAGGUCUUUCAGUGAUAGUUUUCUACCUAUAGUUAAUAUUAAAAAAUCUGUUGAGAAUGCAGAUAGAUUAAAAAUGCAGUCAUGUCAUUCUGCAGUAAGUACACCAGAGAAAGUAAAUAAAGUUACAACAGAAACCCCAAAUGAUUACAUAGUUAAAAUUCACCAAGUUACACCAAUAUUGGAUUAUGCAUCUAUGACAACUCCAGAAAGAAAUAAAGAAUUGGAUAAGUACGGUUUAAAACCAUUUAAAAGAAAAAGAGCUAUUCGACUGUUGACACAUAUUUACAAUCAGACUCAUCCAGUUAUAGCGCCUUGUGCUAAUGAAGAAUUGUUAUCACCAUCAAAAAAGCGUAAAACAGAAAUUAAAGCAACUAACUCUGUUUCACCAAAAAAAUCCCCACUAAAAUCUACUAAAAACAACUUUGAAGGUGUUAAGGAAAAUAUUUAUCAAAUAACAAAAGAACUUCCAGAUUUGAGGGAAAUAGAAUGUAGUUCUGAUGAUUGGGUGUUUCAGAAAAAGGAAAAAGCUAAGGUCCAUUCUUGUAGAGUGCCCCUUCACAUAGCGUUUCAUAACUUCCUGUCUUGUCGACGAGGUUUGCGUGAAGCGAUACUGCGUUAUGAACCAGUCAAUAUAGAUAUCAUACACAAAGAACUAGUGGCAUGCGGGCACAGAUAUGAUCCUAAGGACCUUUUGAAAUUUUUGGACAAGAAAUGCAUCACGGUGAAAACAUCGGAUAACAAUUCAAGGAAUAAUAGAAAAUAACAGUUAGGUUCCAAUGAAUAGUUUUCAGUGUAAUAUAAAGCAUUUGUAAUAUAUUAGAAGAAGCAAGCUAAAGUGGCAAUGGGCUGGUCACAUAGCUCGAAGAACCGACGAUCGAUAGGGAAGAAAGGUUCUUGAGUAGCGACCUCAUACGGGCAGACGCAAUGUAGGACGACCCUCACUAAAUGGAGUGACGGCCUCUAAUACAUUGCAGGGAGUUGGUGGAUGCAGGUGGCUCAGGGCCGUUCUUUAUGCCAGUCUAUGGGAGAAGCUUAUGUUCGGCAGUGAUAUAAAUAAUUAAUAUAGUUAAUUUUAUUUUACCAUGCAUUAUUUUUUAGUUUUUAACACAUAUAAAUAAGUGUCAGUGUAGAUUGAUGAAGGAGGCUAAUUAAUUUGUAAUUUGAAAGUUAACUAUAAGUACUUUAUUUAGUAUACGAUGAAUUUGAUGAUGAAACUCUUAACCGGGAGGCGUAGCAGCUUAUUUAUUUAUUCUUUAUUACACAAUGAAACAGUACAAAUGGUGAGCUUAAUCCCAUAUGGCAUUCUCUGCCAGUUAACCUUAAGGUAAAAACAGAAAGCGUAUGAAGGGCAGAUGUGGUGAAAAAUGUGACAAUUAUAGUAACACAUUAAGGCUAAUACACAAUACAUAAGAAAUGUAUUAAUUUAUUGUAACUUAAUAUUAUUUAUUCUAUUAAAAUAAUUAUAACAUCAUCAUGACAGUAAAAAUCUAAUGGAUGACCAAAGAUACUAUAAUGUACACAUGAAAUCAAAUUUGUUAGGAGGUCCAUUUGUUACAACUUGUGUUAGUGGGGGAAAAAGAUUGUUAAUAAUGGGGUCUAAUUAACCUAUUGCUACCAAUAGAAACUGUCAGGUCGACCUCCACGCAGUUCCCUCUGGAAACUAUCGUGGUUAAUUGUAGUGGAAUUUAACACGAUGGCCUAACUGAGCUGCCUUUUCAACUUCAACUGUCAUCCCUCACUAGUGCACCUCCAGCGUAUCCCGAUAGCACAGGCGGGGUUACUAUUUACUAUUUCAUUAUCACCCAUAAAAAAACUUGUGUUAACCCUUCUUUGUAUGAUUUUUUUUAUUGGUGAAAUAAAUCAAUCUUAAUAAAUAAAUUAGACAGCUAAGUUUUUUUUUUUUGCAAUGGACAUUAAAAAGGUAUCCAGACACGAUAGACUUAAAGUGAACUUGUUCUUUCAAAUAAUUUUUGGGCAUUCAAUGUUAUGAUGGAAAUUUCCACCAUUAUGCAAAGAUGGGUUAACUAAAAAUGAGUUAAUAUUCUCGAAAAAAGGAACACCUGUAUCUGUACCAAUAGCACUACACAAUACAGUUUAUAGAGUGUAGUGCCAUUAAAAAUUGGACUCUCUAUUCCACGUAAUGCUUGGGCCAAUUUGGGCCAUUGUGCGUAUGAGUCGUGACUAGUAAAGCCAACUCAUCUCCGCCCAGAUGCACAGAAGCCUCCUGGGUUGUUCACAGGCUUUACGAAGCAACCUUACUGCUUCGAGAAUUUUUUAAAACUUGAACAGCCGUUUCUUCGGCGUCAAAACGGCAUCUACAUAGAGAGCUGUUUGUGGCUUCUAUUGUGUAUAAAUGUGUUUAAGGGGCAAUGGCCUGUUAUUGUCCCUAUCAUUGUUUUAAGGUUUUUUCUACCCAGAUAAUUAUAUCUGGUAUAAAUGUUUUGAUAGGCGUCGAUUCACCGUUGGCACGGCUAUUUUUGAUUAUCUGCAAUCAGUAGCCGGUUUUGUAUAUCAGUGGAUCUUUGACAAAUCUAGUAGUACAGACUGCGAGAACAGAAGAGGAAAAAGUAGAUACGCGCCUGUCACUUUCGUUCCAGAACCACUUUUAGUUUGUAUUACGUUAAUUAUCAUACUGUAAUUGAAACAAUUGUUUUAUCAAAUAAUGAUUUAAUUUUAACAAUUAAUUUGUUUAUAUUUUUAUGUCGCGCUAUACACCGGUGAAAUUAACAAUCAUAGUUUGCAAUAAUGUAACAAAAUAAGUAAGGGACAAUAAAUAUAUUUAUAUUGAGAA